AUGGGGCCCAAUAACCUUGGCUUCAUCGACGGAAACGUCUGGAGGGAUAUCUACGGCAUGCGUCGUCGCGGUCAAUUUGAGAAAGCAUACGAAUACUACCGUGAAGGACCGGAAGGACCCAUUAGCUUGCUCAACGCUGGCCCCGAGGAGCAUGCGAGACUACGCAAGUGGGUUUCGCCAUAUUUUUCGGAUCGUGGCAUGAAGGAUCAAGAGCCGAUGAUUGGCGGAUACGUUGACUUGCUUCUCAAGCGACUUCAUGAGAACUGUGAUGAUGGUAUCCGCGCGCUUGAUCUCCGUGACUGGUUCAACUUUUGCAUCUUCGACAUCCUUGGCGAACUUGCUUUCUCCAGCUCUUUUGGAUGCCUCGAGUCAGCAGAAAAUCAUCCCUGGGUAAAAAUCAUUGCAUUUCAGCAAAAAGAGAUUGAGUGGAUCGGUGAGCUGAACCGGCAGGGAUUGAGAUUUAUCACAGCUAUCAUCAUGGAGUUACUCGCCAAGAACAAGUUGGAAUUCAUGAGUUACACGAUUCAGAAGUUAUAA